AUAGCUCGAUGCGGAUAUGGAUUAAGGUAUAAAAAGAUAAAGAGAGUGAAUCGUUACUGGUGUUUUAAGGACACCAAUAACAAGGAAAGAGGGAUGAAGAAAAAUCUAUAAUUUUGCGAUUUCUAUCUUGGUCAUGAAGCACAUAUAUUCAUUCAAACAAAUCGAAUGUGUCAACGUAGAAAUUACGAUCAAAGUGAUAAGAGUGCAUUCCUUGCCGGGCGCAAGGAAAAGAAAAAAGAUUCGAUUAACUUUUUGAAGAGAGAAGUACAUUCAACAUACGUGGAUCAUGCAGAAGGUGAACGUAGGUGGGCCUCUUGGAGAUUCCGAUACAGUUAUACUCGUUCCACGUGUAAAGAAAUGAAAGGUUCCGGAGCGCGGUGCAUCUAGGGAUUCGAGAGGAGAAGGCACACUCUCGUGAUAAAAAUGUCUUCCUCUCUCGAACAGAGGAGAGACGACGAGGCUCGAUGGGAGGAGAGGAUGGUUGUAACGAUGCUAAGCACGUGAUAGGAUUGUGAUAAUUGCGAUACGGUUCCAGCUUGUAUGAUAUGUUUCCAUCCAUCUUUCCUCUUCUUUUUCUUCUUCUUCUUCUUUUAACUAGAUUCAAGUCUUGGUGCGAAUCUUGGUGCUCGUGUUGAACGGUGGUAACGAAGCGUGAGAUCGAAUUGCGAGAUGGAUGUAAACGAGAGAGUGAAUUGCAGGUUUGGUUGGAAAGAAAGAGGUGAUUUGAAACGGACCGAUUACUUUUAAAUGGCGUAAUGGAUGUGAUUCGAACGCUUUGUACGAGAGUAAUGGAAUAGCAGUUGAUAAUGAUGAUUUUUAAGAUUUCUCUGAUUUAUAAAAUCUUAAGCGAUUUUCUUAUUCGUUCGUUUUUGUUUUAUUAGAUCGAUUUUUAAUUAAAUGAAAAUGGCUGGAGGAAGAGUAAAUAUUUUAAAAUAACUUUCUUCUAAUUUUAAUUAAUAAUUUUCAAAAAAAUGAGAAGAAUACAAAACGAUUUUUCUCUCAAAUAAAAGAGACGGACAAAAUGAUUUUUUUUUUAAUUUGCUUAAAAUGAUAGGAAAAUUAAGAAUAAAAAAAAUGUUUAAAAAUGAUUCUUCUUCAAUCUUAAUUAAUAAUUUCCAAAAAAAUAACAAGAAAGAAAAUUAUACAAAAAUCACAAUGAUUAAUCAUUAAAUUAAUUCAUAGAAAAUGAUAGAAAGAAGAGAACAAAUAAAAUGCUUCUUCUUUUCUAAUUCCAAUUCACAUAAAAUGCAAGAAAAGCAAAGGAUGAAAAAAUACUCCAAUCUCGAUUACUAGUCCCCAAAAAAUGGCGAGAGAGAAAAAAAGAAGACAAAUGAUACUUUUUUAAUCCCAAUUAAUUCACAUAAAAUGGAAAAAGCCAAUAAAAAAAAAUACAUCUAAUCUCGAUUACUAAUUCAUAAGAGACUGAAAUUGACAAAAAGAAAAAGAAAAAAAAGAAGAAGAGCAAAUCCUGCGAAACGAUGGAUGAACAGAAAAUGGCGGGAAAACCGCUUUCGAACGAGCGAAUGCUCCAUUAAACGAUCAUCAUCCGAAGACAAAAAGGUGAAGCAAGGAUGAAAAGGUAGGGGUAUCGAGACAGAAGAGAGGGACACGAAGGAGCGGAAAGCGAGAGAGAAAGCUCGCAGUCGACGCUAUUCUUCAUGAACGAGGGACACCUCUCUUUAUCCCCAUUCCGCGACGAGUUGGUUAAAACAGCUUCUCCUUCAGUUGUUGCUCGCCAACCCAGCGUUUCGCGCGGUGUCACGCACGCCUUUCGGCGAUUUCGGUGACGAGCUACUCGUAUACAUCACACGAGCGACCACGUGUUUCGUUCCCUUUGCGAACGCAACACUUGAAUUUCUUCCUCUUCCAUCUUCCUCGUACGACUCGUAUCCCACGAAAAUUCACUGAUAACUUUUCUCGUCGCACAAGAAAAAUAAUCGGCCGAUAAUAUCGAAAAGUGAAAGCGACAGAUGAGAUUUUUGUUUCGGUGCGUGUCCACACCGGUGCUUCCGUUCUGCUCGUCGUCGGCCUCUUUGGAAAUUCCGAAACGGUGAACGGAUCGUUGUACCGAUAUAUCAGGAAAAUCUAGAAUCCAAAUGAUUAGCCUUCAAUUGAUAACUUUGGCUUCCGGCAAUCUUCAUUUGGUUGCUCAAUUAACAUACACGUCUCGCGCAUAAAUAAAAUAAGCAGAGGUCUUAAUCCACGUGCCAGGUUACCUCUCGAAUCAUCCAAACGCAAAAUUAGCAACAGGCUGAAAACAUUUUUGCUUCGAACAAUCUUUUUCUGCAACCAUGCAUCACAAUUAUAAUUGUAAUGUUGGAUUGCAAGAAGGAACUUCAAGAUAUUCCUAUAGAUCAAAAUCGACGAAAUUAAAACAUGUUUUCUAACGUUGAACUUAUGAUCAUUUAUCUUUUUAAAGAAUAUAUAAAAACCGAGAUCAUUAUCAUUGAGACUCUUUUUGAAUCCAAUUAAAUGAUUAUAAUCAAUGAAAGAUGCGAUUAUGUUUUGUAUUUAAUUAAUUAUCAACGUUACGAAUCAAUGAUAAUAAUUUGGACAAAUUAAAUUAUAAUUUAAUGACGUUACGAAAAAUGGAAAGCAGAUCUAUUGGCAUGGUGUGAGCCCAAUUUUUGGUGAAAGCAUACUCGAUUUACAUACUCGAUUUCGAAGAAAGUGAUCUUCCGAACGGCGAAAGUGAUAAAUGAUCAUCGUUCGUAACGAAUGAGAUGAAUUGAGAGAAUUUUUUUAAUUUGUGAAGCAUGGCUUUUUUACGGUGGACAUAUUCGAAACACACGUGGUACACGCGCGCAAAAUCUCGUAUACGAACAAUUGCGUGACCACGCAUACGCCAACGUAUUCGCAUAAUUUUCCUUCAUAAAGAUGUUACCAGUUGUUGACUGUCAAAUAUAGAUAUAUAUACAUAUAUACAUGUAUUUUUAAGUAACGUAUACCUUGCCACAUUAUAAAGAUUUAUUACAUUACUUUUUAUUCAUUCUUAUGGUUCUUGGUGAAAAGUGUGGUUUCAAUGUAAAUUACAAUUUUUAUUUAUCUUUCGAGGAAAUAUUUCGUAUAUAGUAACUUAAUAUUAAAAUGUACUAGAGACCAAGUCAAAUUGACUAAUUGACUUCCAGAUUUUUAUUAUUGUUACUUAAAAUUGACAAAUACUUUUGGCAAAAUUGAUAUCUUUGAUGAGAUUCGAUUCUAGAGGCUGAAACAAAAUUUUGGAUCGAUCUCUCGAGGCAACAGAAACGCUGCGCGGGAAAAUCAAAGGAGAGGAAGGAAGAAGCCAUUCAUUUUCAUCGAACAAACUUAUUUUUCCCUUCCUAUCUGAAGAAAAAAUUUCGAAUAACAUUACGUGUAACCGAGUAUGUUGCCAUAUAUCGUAAAACGAAAAACGACGUUGAAUACUUGGACGAAAUCGAGGCGUUAUUAAGAUUGGUGAAAAAGAUAACACGUUUAAAGAGGUGCUAUUAACUCAAUUAUACAGUGAAAUCGAUUGCUCAAAUUUUUAAUGCACGGUUUACUGCCGAGAUCCCGAACAAUAAUCACAAAAUAAUCGGUUAAUGGUUGAAUCAUGAAGUUUAUGAUAAUGAGAGGUGAUUUUUUGCACGAUCAAGAUCACAAUCAAAGUUUUGCAAAUUUUUGAAAAUUUAUCACUGAAGCACGUUGAUUUUACGUUUUUGUGCCAAAUCUCUCAUCUAUAUAUAUAACUAAAAAAAGGGGGGAAAAAAGAAGGAAUAGAAAUGUCACUGGUCAACUUUACCUUGCCGUAUCAAUCGGCGACGCCUACACCGUUCUUCUACGACGGGCAAAACGGAGGGCAAUCGACGGUGAACAACCUUCGCCUCAACGCCGUGCUUCCCCCCGCGCCAGCCCCAAAUUUCAACGAGCAGGAACCGUUCCAAAACGAGCCUUACAUACCGCCGAUCGGUUAUCAAAACCAGCAACAGCAAAGGCAACGUCAAUCGACGUUCAAUCGACAAAGGAACGGGAAUCCGUACGUCGAGCAUUCCUCCUUUUCUUCGACUCAGGACACGAGAUACGCGAACUACAAUCAAGAUUUCAGGAGAACGCAACCGAGGCAACAGAUAAGACCUAGCGCACCGCCAUUGCCGCAACAGCAACAGCAACAGCAACAACAACGAGCAACUGUGGAAAAGGAGCAAGAGAACUUCAGAACGUCGAGAAUGCCGGAACAGGAAAGCUAUCCUGACAGACCUAAUGGGUAUACGAGAGUAAACGGGGAAAGUGGACCUGGUACAAAAACUUCCAUUCACGCUGUUUUAGACUAUGAUGACGACUUCGAGGAUUACUACGACGACAAAGAUCCAGAGAUACCAAGGGAUGCGCACGUCACGCCCAUUCAAGGCCCAAUUUUUUUAAAGAACGGCUCGGUCCCCGUAGUGCCACUGUAUUCUUAUCCUCAACUAAACAAUGGUACUUACGUACAAAUUCCGAUUCUUUGGACUGCACUUUCCGUCGCUCUGGGUGUCGAAUUAAGAGGAGAUUUGGUACGCGGAGUACCGUGCAUUAAAAAAUAUCAUCAACUGUUCUGUCCAACUGCUGGAAACACAUAUCCCAUAGAGCGGAUAGAGCGUUUUAUCGACGAAAACAAGGCGUUAAUGAAGAGAAUGUAUGGUGACUUCGAAAUGAGUUCGGGAUACGGAUCACCAACGAGAGAGACUGGCCAUCAUCGUACACGUAGAAGAAGGAAAAGUAGAGAAGCUGUGAAACACGAUAUACCUGAUGGUGGACCCAAUUUCCGGGACGAAUUGGAUCCGGAAAUCGAGGCUAAUGGUGACUCAUUUUUCGCCAAUGUGAGAAAAACUAGAAACCCUAGACAGUCUCCCGGAAAAAAUCAUAAGGACAGCGGCAGAAUCGAUGCAUGCGAGUCCAAGGUGGAAAUAGUAACGCCCUAUUGGGCAAGCAACAGUGCUGGAAAGAUUCGUGCCAUCGUGAACACGCAGCAUUUUGAGCAAGCCAUUCACCAAGAAGUUUGCUCGAAAACCCAGACGAAUCGGUGCACCGGCGACUGUGGCUGCGAGCAAAAGUAUAAAUGGCACAGAUUGCUCGCCUACGACCCUGAUAACGAUUGCAAAGGUAUCUUCAUGGACUGGUUUCUCUUCCCUUCUUGUUGUGUGUGCAGAUGCGAGCCCGUUGCUAACAAAUUUCCAUCGUCGAAUAAUCGAAAUUAAGAAUACUUCUCGACGUAUGAUUCGAUUGCAAUUUAUAAAAAAAAAAAAAAAAAAGAAAAAAAAAAGAAAGAACUGGAAGAAUAUAUACUAUAGUAGGAUACAUAUUUGCCAUUUUCUUUCGUGUACAUUUCAUCACUGAGAUCCUACUUAUUUAUGAGUGAUACAGUGUGUGAUUAGAAAGUAUUGGAGAAAUUAUUCCUUGUCACAUAUUAAUAUAAAGAAUAAAUAAACUAAUGGUAUAUAUGUAGGUUAUAAAUUAGAUUAUUAGAAUUUUCAAUAAUUAUCGAUACUGUGUGAUAUUGUAUAUUCUAUCAAUAUUAGUUGCAAAAAUUAAUAUUGUUUAUUAAUUUAGUAUAAUAAUUCAUUCAAUAUUCUUAUUAUAUUCAAUGAUACGUAAGAAAUAAUAUAAAAUUGGAGCAAAAUACAAGGAAAGAAUAGCAAGUAACUAUAAGAAUCAAAAAAAAGAUCUAUGUCUUGUAGUAAAAUAUUCUUUAAAUAACUUGAUAUUCUUUUCGACUUCAACUUGUCAAAAGAUUUGCUCAUUUUUUUUCUGAUUUUUGCAAUCUUUUUUUGUAACUCAAUACUCAUGAAUCAACUUAAAUUUCAAGCAUAUCAAAUCAUCGUGCAGCACAAAUGUGAAAAGCAAGAAAAACUCGUUUCAUGAUACUUUUAUAUGUUUUUCUUUUUUUUUUUUUUUGAUAAGCAAAAUAAUUAUUAAUUUCGAAAAGAGGCUUUUUUGCUGCGCGAUUUUCAUUUUUCAUCAUUAAUUUUUUCUUUUUUUUUUAAAUAAAUUGUAAGCAAAGUUAGUUUUAAGUAAAUCGUUGUUCCAAUCUUCUUGUAGCAAUCGAGAAAAUAUUUUUUAAACAGUUACUUUUAUAAAGAUAUUCCUUUAUAAUUUUGUUUUUAUGUUAUUAUGUAUUUUUAGAAUC